AGUGUUUCAUAGCACGUGACUGCUGCAGUGGCCGUGUGUGUAGCGGGUGUCUGGGCCUGUGUUUACCUCGUGUUACAGCCAUAGCCUCCUGCAGCCUCCUGCACCUACGGGCUAUACCCCAUCAGACCGCCCCUAGCCCCUCGGCCCGCCCCUCAGACCGCCCCUCAGACGGCCAGGGACACACACGUGUGUGUGGAUUAUUCCCGACCGAACGCCAUCCGCAGCGGACGACCCAAACAGGACUCUGGUGAUCUACCUUUGCCGCCGUCUCCCGCCUCCUACAGUUGCAGGAUGGCAAUGCGUGGCGUGAAGACUUCUGAGGGAUGGUAUGUGAAGGCGACCCCGUCUGGGGAGUGUUACCCUCUAGACUCGGGCUUGGCUCCCAAGUUCCGCAAGGCUGGUGUCACAACACUGCCUGGAGCACUGCAGUAUGGUGCCUCUGUUCAUGGGUCCAAGUCCUGCAUGGCCACACGGCAGCUGCUGGACAGGGAGAGAACGGAAAAAAAUGGGAAAAUGUUUGAAAAGCUCAGACUUGGGGAGUACACUUGGAAAUCAUACUCAGAGGUGCAGCAAAUGGCUGUGGACGUUGGACUAGGCGUGAGGGUGAGAGGUCUCCAGCCACUGGACAGAGUGGUGAUCUUUGCCGAAACAAGGGCAGAGUGGUUGGUGGCAGCUAUGGGGUGUCUGCAACACCGCAUCACUGUUGUCACCCUUUACACCACCCUUACUGACGCAGGUGUCGCUCAUGGCAUAAACGAGACAGAGGUGUCGUUUGUCUUCACGUCGUAUGACCUCUUACCACGAGUAAUACGUGUCUUGGAUCAGUGUCCCAAGGUAAAGACGGUGGUUGUCAUGGAAGAUCAGCUUGAUGGUGUUGGUGAUGUGAGUAAAUUUCCUUCAAAUGUCACAUUAGUACCCUUUAAGAAGUUAAUUAAGCAAGAUGACCAGACAUCUAGUGUGUCCACACCUGUACCUGAUGCUGAGGACACUGCCAUCAUCAUGUACACCAGCGGCUCCACAGGGACACCCAAAGGUGUCGAACUCUCACAUACAAACAUUUUGGCCAGUGUCAUUGGUUAUUCCGUCCAGAUGAAUGUCGGUAUGGAGGACCGAUACCUUUCUUUCUUGCCUCUGGCACAUAUCAUGGAGCUGGCCACAGAGAUUGCACUAAUUUCUUUGGGUGCCACCAUCUUGUAUUCAUCCCCCCACACACUAACUAGCACCAGUCCCAAGGUCAUGCAUGGCACCGAAGGUGAUGCCAAAGUGGCUAAGCCGACAGUCAUGAACACUGUUCCGCUUGUUUUGGAUCGCAUCAUCAAAGGUGUUUACCAGAAGGUGGAACAACAGGGAUGGAUCAAGAGCCUAGUGUUCAAUGAGGCUGUAAGGUACAAAUUCUGGCUGGAGUACAUUCCAUUUACAUCCUACUUUUUGAAUGCAUUCGUCUUCAGGAAAGUCCAGGAGGAGCUGGGAGGCCAGUUGAAGAGGGUGGUCGUUGGAGGUGCCCCCUUGACACCUCAGACCCACGACACAAUGAGAGCCAUAUUUGAUGUGUCCAUCCAGGUUGGUUAUGGAUCCACAGAAACAGCCUCGUGCAUCUCAGGUAUGGAUGAGGACGACACCAGUACAGGUCAUUCUGGGGGCCCCAACCUUGGGGUACUCAUGAAGCUUGUUGACUGGGAGGAAGGAAACUACAGAGUGACUGACAAACCUAACCCUAGGGGAGAAAUUGUAGUUGGAGGAACAGUGGUUAGUAAAGGCUACUUCAAGCUACCUGAAGAGAAUGAAGCUUCCUUUUACGAAGAAAAUGGGUUAAGAUGGUUCAGUACAGGUGAUAUUGGUGAGAUAAAUAAUUUAGGGUCACUGAAAAUCAUCGAUCGAAAAAAAGAUUUAGUAAAGCUGAAACAUGGCGAGUAUGUGUCACUGGGAAAUGCAGAGUCCAAACUUAAGACUUUGUCAAAUGUAGAAAAUAUCUGCGUUUUUGCAGACUCGACCAAAGACAAGACGGUGGCUGUGGUGGUGCCUUCCGCAGAGCGUCUGUGGAAGGUGGCAGCAAGCGUAGGCAUCAACAAGGACACUGUUACUAUUGAGGAGUUGUGUGCAGAUGAAAGAAUUAAUGAGGCCAUCCUGAAGGAGCUUCAAAGCCACGGGAAGAAGUGUGGCUUGACGAGGUGGGAGGUUCCUGCUGCUGUAUACCUGACAUUGGAGCCAUGGACGCCUGACACUGGCCUGGUGACAGCGGCAUUGAAGCUCCGACGUCAGCAGCUCAAUCACCACUAUGAGCACAGUGUCCAUGAUAUGUACUCUCGUUUGGACUAGCACUUCUGAUUAUAGGAAGAUUUGUGGCUUAUGACUCCUGAAGGAUGGUUAAGUCCUUCUUGGAGACAGAGCCUCUGUUCAUGUGUACAUAAAUAUAGAUACAUAAUAUAUAACACGAAAUUAAUCACCUGGAAUGGAUAAUUAUUGACUCUACUCCAUUCCUUCUUUCCACUGACGCUUCCUCUAUACAAUGUACAGUGGAGUGGUUGUCAAAGACUUCGGUGCUUGUGCUGUAUUGAUGGUUUUGCCAUUCAGUAAAGAGAUGGCAGAGAAUAAGGCUGAUUAAUUAAGUUUUCUAUUGAAGUUACAUUAUUUUUUGGUGGAUUUAUCUGGAGUGCCUUUUUUUUUCAAACCAUUACAUUUGUCUAGUUAUUGAAUUAGAAGUCACAUUUAUUCACCAUAUUCAUUGUCUUACCAGAUGUAUGAAGUAGUAUUUUGUAUAUGGUUCACUUGAAUACAAAUGAAUAUUCAGACAAUCUACUAAUACUCCUUAUGUGUUACCAUAAACAAAUUUAUACAUUUCUAAGAGAAUUUAGUAGCAUGGGUCAUUCCUCCAUCUUUCUUAAGCUUGUGGGGUGGGGCAUCAAUAUGUACAGUCAAAUCUUGCCAAGACCCCUUGACUUAUUGAAGUGCUCGGGACAUGCUGGUAGCAUUACCUAAUGGUGGUGUAGCAAUUUUCACCUCUGCUUUCUUGUUUGUCUCUCACUCAUACCGUCCAACUACUAAGGCUGGACGGUAGAGUGACGGUCUCGUUUCAUGCAGGUUGCCAUUCAAUCCCCGACCAUCCAAGUAGUUGGGCACCAUUCCAUCCCCCGUCCCAUCCCAAAUCCUUACUCUGACCCCUUCCAAGUGCUAUAUAGUCGUAACGGUUUGGCGCUUUCUCCUCAUAGCUCUCUUCUCGCUCAUAUACCCACACACACACACACACACACACAUAUCCAUUGUUGGCUCCAUAUUUAUUCAUGCCCUUCAUAAACUGCAUUUGAAAGCUGAUUUUAGCUUAGUAUAUUAAAGUACAAAUAGGUAUUUGUUUCAUAAAUAUAAGUGAAAUCUAACAAUUGAUAUUAUCAGAACUAUGAAUCACUAAAACACAGUUGUCACAAAUUUUUGCAAGCUUGUCUUAAAAGUGCAAAGGUUAAAUUUAUUCACACUCCCAACAAUUAGUAUUUUGUUGAUUUUCCUUUGGCUUGAAGAGUGAGAAAGCACCAUGUAGUGUCUUAAUUGCUACAGGUAUUUCUCAAUAGCAUCAUUUCAUCUGUUCUAAACUUCUGCUCAUGCACAUUACAUGGUAAAGGUUUUAACAUUUUUCAAAUUACAGUGUUCUAGUGAAGGUUUCACGAUUGUUAUGACAAAGAAAUAUUUGUGUUCUAUUGUUAUUUACAGUAUUUAAUAGCCAAUUGAAAAAGAUUUGGGCUCUGUAAAGUGCAGUUGCCAGAAACCUGACAACUUGAAGCUUGAAGACCUUAUCACAUAACCAGAAAAUCAUGCCUUUUUUACAUUUAAUUUGUAUAGUCUUUAAAAUUACUUGCUUUGAAAAUAUUUGAGAACAGUGUAUUUAGGUAUAGAGUUGUUUUUGACAAUGUUUCAAUGCUACUAAUGCUGAUUAUCUUAAAUUUUGUUUUUAUUGAUAUAUGGAAGAAUGCUAAAUGUAUUAAUAAUUUUUGGUUAAUACAUUCAGUUAAAUUAUCGUCUUACAAACUGCCAUUACAUUCAGUUAAAUUAUCGUCUUACAAACUGCCAUUCAAAAAGAUAUUACAUAUAGCUACUAUGGAUGCUAGCAUAAAAAUUUGGACUAUUGUACCAUAAAAAUGUCCAUGAUUUGAAGUACUGUAUUAAGCUUGUACAGGGCCAGGGCCUGCAAAAGAAGGCAAUAGCCAAAUGAAAAUUUUCCUAGGCAUAUUUUUUUUAGUACAUAGGCACUAAAGUAAGGCUAGGAAAAGAUAGGUUUAUGGUUAGUCUGUCUCACUUUUUCUUAUGUCCUGUAGAAUUUUAGUAAAAUUUUUUCUUUUACAACAGUCCAUAUUUUAUACCACAGGGAAAAAAAAUGCCAAUUCUAUUUAAAAGUUUUAAGCAGACUCGCUCAGCCAUUCAACAUUGUAAGUGAGAAAUACAAAAUGGACUAUUGUUUGACAAACUUUCACCAUUCAAUUCUAACUUUAUGUUACACAGCUGGAGAACCGUGCUUGCGUCAUAUUUAAUCGACGGAGGAUCGGCAUUGAUUGAUCCAAUGUUACGUGAAGGGGUGAUUUGAUUAGAUUUGACCAGGUUACUUGUCACUCAUGACAAUGAAAGAUGAAAUUUUUGUAAGGCUGAAGGGCUACCUGACCUAAUUGUUUAGCCUCAAGACUAAAUUUUGUUUAUAAAACACCUGCUUGAUACCUGCUUGAUGGGGUUCUGGGAGUUCUUCUACUCCCCAAGCCCGGCCCGAGGCCAGGCUCGACUUGUGAGAGUUUGGUCCACCAGGCUGUUGCUUGGAGCGGCCAAACAAAUAAGAAGUAUUUGGUAACCUAAAAUUCAUGAUGUAUAAAGCAUUGAGCAUAUCACUGUAAAAUGGCAGAUAAGCAGACUACUGAAUUACAAUGCCAUUGUAUAGGGAUGCUUGUGUUAAUGUCAGAGUAUCAUACAGAAUUGGCGUAUGAUCUGCUUUUAUCUUAAGAAAUACAUCUGUAAAGAUUUAGCAAAAUGGGGGGAUAACUGUAAAAUGGUAUACUUCUAUCAUAUUCAGAGACUUCUGCUUUUGUACAGAAUUGGUAAAUGAUUGUAAUGAGGUAAUGGAUUUAUUUAUAUGGAGUGACUGUGAUUGUGGGGAAAAAAGGGAUUUAUUUAUAUGGAGCCACAUGUGAUUCUGGGAAGGAAAAAAAAUUAUUUGUAUGGGGCCACUGUGAUUCUGGGAAGGAAAGAAUUUAUUGAUAUGAAGCCAAUGUGUUUGUGGGAAGGAAUAAAAUUUAUUCACAUGGAGUCACUCUGGUUGUGAAGACAAAAAGUUAUACCAGAACAAAUCAGAGUUUGGUAUUAUAUUUCAUAAAAUAUUAUUUGUUUGUAAAUUACUUGUAGAUAAUUUUUGUUUAGUAUUAAUGACAUACCAGAUAAAAUACUUUGACUUGCUAUAGUAAAGCAAUUCAACAGUGUCCCUUUUCCCCCAAAAAGUUAAAUUUAUAAGCUCUAAUCUGACAUAUCGGAUAAAAUACUUUGACCUGCUAUAGUUAAGGAAUUCAACAGUGUCCAUUCCCCCCCAAAAAAGUUAAAUUUAUAAGCUUCUCCAAUCACUGUUUAGAUUUUUUUCCAGAGGCUGUGAGGUGUUAAUAAUGGUAUUGACUGUAUAUUUUGGUAUCCGAUAUAAUAUUUAUCUGUAAAUAUUGGUGCUGAAUAAGCAGGCCAUUUAAAUAAAAGACAGGUACAGUAAUUAAGUUUAAAGCAGUACUGUACUUAAUGAUACAUUAUUUAUAAGGAUUCAUAUAAGUUUGAAGUCUAUAUAUUUUUGUAAUUUAUUAUUUUUAGUUAAACACUCACUUUAUAAUUUUUGGAAUGUCAUUUUGAAUGAUUUUAUUUAACCAAUUUUUGUUGUUGUUUACAUUUGUAUAAUUAUGUUAAUAUUUAAAUCAUUCUUUCCUCCCUUACUUCGCUAACUUUAUAGCUGGUGGGAGCAAGUACCAGGUAUUACAGCGUGCUAGUCACUUGUUUCUGUUUAAGUGAGAGUUCCUUUACCCAGCACCUCUAGAGUGGGUAGCUUAUUGUACACACAUGCAGUGGGAGUUGACACUAGGCAGUGUACAAGCAUGCUGUGGGAGUUGACACUAGGCAGUGUACAAGCAUGCUGUGGGAGUUGACACUAGGCAGUGUACAAGCAUGCUGUGGGAGUUGAUACUAGGCAGUGUACAGGCAUGCUGUGGGAGUUGAUACUAGGCAGUGUACACACAUGCAGUGGGAGUUGACACUAGGCAGUGUACAAGCAUGCUGUAGGAGUUGACACUAGGCAGUGUACAAGCAUGCUGUGGGAGUUGACACUAGGUAGUGUACAGGCAUGCUGUGGGAGUUGACACUGCUGUUGGCGUUUGCGCUUGGGAGAAUGCCACCAGCGGAAAAGUAUUUGGUGACUUCAUAUAUUGCCUGAAAGAAUUUCGUUUCUGUUUCUAUCACUCAUGCCUGGGACAGAAAUAAAUUAUACCAGCUUCAGAUUUCUUUAUUACUACAAAGAAAUAAGACAUGUAUUUCAGUUACCUGUGCAAAUACUCCUGCUUUCCCCAACCCAAAAAAUAUUAGUGACCAUAAUGAAUACUGUACCUGCGAAUACUGAAAGAGGAGAAAAAUGUCAAGUGUGAUAAUGAGUUAUCCAAUCCUAGCUAUACAUUUAAUUGCAUUUCCAAGUUCUUUCAUGAGAGAUCAUGAUGCAGUGAGAGGUGUCAGAUAAUUGUAUAGAAGAGGCAAGAUCUAAAUCAUCAAAUUUAAGGCCUUGUUUCUUCAGUUAAUUUUGUUUUGAGAUUCGACUCGGCAAAAAGUUGGUGGCAAUCUAUUAAUCGAAGAUUUGCCUGCUUUAAAUUGAGGUACUCUGUGCAGACCGAUACAGUUGCAAAACUUUGUUGCUUCUUUUUUUUUUUACAAGGAUGUGUUGUAGCUUUCCUGGUUUAGCACUGAUAAUUACAUUACACAAAAUACUUUUUGUGUAAGCAUCAGAUUUUGUUUGAUGGCUGAGAGUGUAAUUGUUUCCUGUGAUUAAUCACAUUAUAGUUUUAUUAUUUGGCCACCUUUAAAAUAUUUGGUUAUUUAUAAUAAAGGCUGUCACAUAAGCUUAGAGGAAGCUGCAUUUGCAGGGAAAUGUCUCUCCAAAGAGCAAAGCUUUUGAAGAAGCAUUCAUGAACAAAAUAUAUCAAUACAGUGUGUUUCUGUGUUAUCACAACACUGGGGAGUUCUUGUAUAUAUGAUCUCAGUGAUGCAAGUGACCUGGGUCAGGAUUCACAAAGCACUUCGUGUCCACUUCAGAGUUCUUAAUUACCGAGAGGUCAUCCUCAUCCUAGGGUUACUUAUUGUUACGGACACCCUUGUAACUCUUUGGAGCUUGUGAGUGCUAAAACGUUUGUGAAAACGUAACAUACUAAACUGUAUGUAACGCUGGUCGCUUCCAACCAACAGUACCCACUGGGUAGUAAGUGGUGUUGACUAGGCCGCAUAAGAAGAGUUAUCGUACUCUAACGCUUCAGUUGAUAUGCAAGUGCUCUUAUGAAUCCCGUUCUCUGGGGUCUGUGAAGAGCCUCUCAUAAGCUCGACCCAGUGAGACACCAUGUAACUGGACUAGUCUUGAUACCACACACUUAUUUCAUCGAGCCACCAUACAGUUGAGUAUUCAGCUCCUUAAACCAUUCCCACUACUAUAAUAAGCAGUCCUCAAAGACACGGAUCAAGCAAUGUACCUUAAUUCAUCCUAAAAAAAAGAAGUGCAUUUAGACCUUGUCUUCUCAAGGCUUAUCAGUCUUUGCACUUAUGUAUAAUUAUAUCAUUAGAAUGGUAGUAAAUGGUUAGUGUUAGUCUUCUUUGCCAUUUAUUGGGAGUGAGGUCUUGUGCUACUGAGAAGGUCACACUGUUAUGUUUCUUUGUAAAAACAAGUAAAGGAUUAUUUUUUUAUAAGGUGGAGAUAUUGUUUUUGUGUAAAAUUAAGAAAUGUUGUAAUAUAUAUUGGAAGCAGUGAUUGUUAAACUAUGUUGAUCAUGUUUUGCUUGGAAUGUUUCUGUACAGAAAUAUGGGAUGGAAAAAUUGAUUAGGUGAAUAAUUGUAAUGUUGGCAAAAGUGGAAAUUACGUUGCAAAUUACUCCCCAUGACCUAAAGAUAUUAAAGUUCUCUUGAUAACUCAAUGUAUGAGAAAUGCAUUUUAUUUUGUGAAAACACUAUGUACCUUCUUGCUAUGUAAUCUGCAUUAAAUAUAUACAUACUGUUUAUCCAAGUACGGAUUAUAAUGUUGGCAUUACUUCGCAUUCUGUAAGGACCUAAUUUGCUCACAGCAUCUAUUUACUAGUUCAGAUAAUAGCACUUUUUUCCUCCUUUGUAAAGUACUUUGUAGUCUCAUAUUUAUUCAGCAAUUUUAUAUCUUGUAUGCAAAUGACAAAGGUUGUCAAUAUCUUUAGAAAUUAAAACUUCUGGGCCACCGAAGUUAGGUCAUUAUUGGAAUAAUAUAACAAGUUGUUUCACAUUAAAAACUCCUCUAGGCCCCUAGGCAAAUGAGAAUACAGAUUUCCAUAUUCCAGCAAUAAUUGGAUAUUAAACAAAUUAAAUAAAAUUUAUUAUAGAUUAA